AUGGCGACCCCCGAGGGAUCCGUCGCCGGCAAGGCGACGUCUAGGUUGCCAGACUCGUCGCCUACAACCUACAAUGAGAAUCCGCGCGUGUUUGAAGAGCCCUACUCCUCGGACGAGCCGUGCCGUUUCGAGGGAUUCCUGCGGCAAAUCAAGCUCAAGCCCAUGAAGGCGCGUGAUCCGCGCGAAAUUCACCGCACCGCAAGCUCGCUCGAGCUGUUCUUUGACCUAGUGUUUGUGAUCUCGGUCGGAAUUGUAACAAAGGAGUAUCUCGACGCGCUGAAACAGGGCGGCGGUCAUGCCGCGGCUGGAUUUGGCUACUUCUGUAUGAUCUUUUUUACGAUCUGGUGGGCAUGGAUGAAUUACACGUGGUUCGCGACUUCAUUCGAUACCGACGACUGGCUGUACCGGUUCUUGACCCUAGUCCAAAUGGCCGGUGUGCUGGUCCAUGCCGCCGGCAUUAAACCUGCGUUUGGGCAUCAGCCCGAGACGAAUGGCGAGAUGAGCGAGGAAGCCCACUUUACGAAUGGCGACUUUAGGAUUGUCGCGAUCGGAUACGUGAUUAUGCGCUUCGGUAUGGUCUCGCAAUGGCUCCGUGCUGCUAUUAACGGUGGCCGUGCUGGCCGUGCUGCUUUUUACUAUGCGAUCCUGAUUACCAUCGUGCAAGUGCUGUGGAUUCUAUGGGCCUAUGUCUUUCCCAAGCGCCUCGGCGUUGCGAUCCCCCUGUUUAUUGUGUUUGCCGCCUGUGAAUUGCUGAUUCCUACCUUUGCUGAGCUGCGUGGCCGGACGACGUGGCACCCCCACCAUAUUACCGAGCGUUACGGCUGCUUUACGCUAAUCCAGCUCGGUGAGAGUAUCAACGGUGCCUGUCAAAUCAUUUCCGAAGCCCUUCAAGGGGUCGAGAUCGAAGCCAAGCUUGUGGGUACAUUUGUCUUUGCCUUUGCGAUCGGUGCGGGUAUGUGGUGGAUUUAUUUCUGGCCGUCGCACCACCACGCGAUCCGGUCGUUUAGGGACGCGCUGCGGUACGGAUACACGCACUUUAUUCUGUUCAUGGCCAUUGCCGCGUACGCUGCUGGUGUCGAGCUUGUCUCUGCCAAGCUCAAGGAAGGGGAGGAGCUUCGCAUUCCCUACUACCAAGCCUCGUUGACCGUGACUGUUCCUGUCGGCGUGUUCCUUCUUGGCAUCUGGUGGAUCCUAAUUCACCGGUGCGCGGUCCCUGUCGUAAAGAGCCUGGUCCCCGCCUCGGCCUUUUUGAUGCAGCUGGACGCGGUGAUUUUUGAAUUCGCCGAGAUAAAAUUCCCCAUGAUCCUCACCACCACAUUUAUUGUCAUUAAUGUGGUUGCUAUGGUGGUGUAUAGCCACAAGUGCCCUCUUGAGGUAGAGGAAGAGGAGGACGACGAGUAA